AUGGACGUUCUGGAAGCUGCUCUGCGAUCUCUUGGUUUAGAUACCCUCAAUUUUACCCUUCGACACCUUUUCUCUUCAAGACGACCUGAGGCGCCCAAGUUUGUGAUCAGGCUGUCUUUCUUCGUCGCACUUGCUCGAUGUGCGCUUCAUUUUCUUCCUUCCGCUGUGUCUAUUGCUAUCAUAUACCUCAAUGUGCGUGGAUUGUACAUUGGUGCUCAAUUGGCCGGCACUGCGAAAUAUGGUGCAAGUUUUGCACCGGCUUUAGUUCAGGUUGGUGCUAAACUGCAAGAACUGCUCAUCGGUGGAAGCCUGGCGAUUGUUCUGUUUCAUGUCAUACGACACGAGCUACUAUUUGGCAACGGCGUUUCCUUCGGAUACGUCCUCUCUGGCUUUUCAUUCGCUCGCAUCCCAUACUUUUGGUCACCCGCGUUCUUCAAUGGCUGGACGUUUUCACGGCAAAGCUUGGUCUCGAGGCGAGGCCUACUACUCUGCUUGGCCCUCGCUUGCGGAAUCAUUACGAACUUUGCAGGGCCUGCAAGUGCAUUGCUGAUGAUGCCAACGAUGCAGAACUGGCAGAUCCGUCAUGGUGAUCUCGAUCUCAAUGCCACUAAUGAUCAACUUUGGCCGGCCUCACUGACAAUUAAUAAUAUUGGAGGCAGCGAUUGUUUGAACGGUGCAUCCCUUUCUGGUACAUCGAAUCGCUGCAUAAAUAAUGGUUAUUUGCCACUAUACGGAAAUUGGCAAAGCCGGGGACCAGACUAUUUUGAUGGAACUGUGACUAUUAUGCCUGACGAUUUUUCGGGCGGAAGAGUCAUUCACGGGCACAACCCAGGACCUGCACAGCAAGGAAACUCCGAUACAUGGGCUUCGACACCGCAUGCUGCCGUAUCGCACCUCCUAACCUCGAUAUGGUGGAACGCUACUUGGAAAGGCACUUUGUCCGGAAUAGGUAGUACAGCAUUGGUCGAGGUACCAUCGCCCUGGGUGCGCGUCAAGUGCGCUACAUUGUCGCUACUUGGGGCCGACUCCCUCGUGCCAUUUCCAGUCCUGCCAGAGAUUGCAUCUUGGGACUUCGCGACUGUGACAAGCUUGAGUAUGACAACCGAGAUGCAGGACUUUCUCGUCCAGGAUCCCCUUGCUACGGAGUCUCAGUACAGCACAUUUUGGAUGCCUCACGAUUCAUCAAUGGGAUAUUCUUCUGCCGGAAUGAUAACUUUUCUCCCGCGACUUGCCGCCCAGUCACCUAAUCGCUACGGAUUCCCUUGCACAGUUGACGCCCGUUGGGUCAAUUCUCUUACGACAAAAUCAGAUGGCGACAGAGGACCUGUGGUGAAUGCGGACCUUUGGUUCGACUAUCUUGAUGGAAACUCGGCAAUUUCGCAAGCUUUCUUUAAUUUAGAUUGGCUUCACGCUCUGGCACCAAACGUCUCCAUAUGGAAUGUCGAUGGUAGCGAUUCUGGAAAAUUUGGGACGGCUAUAAGUGGACUGUUCGGGGCUUACUAUCCGUUAUACACAGAUAUCCUAAAUGAUCCAGGGGAUCCAUACUGGAGCUGGAUACAAGUCGUGGAACUAAUUCUUGCUUCAUACAUCGUCGACGGCAUGUCUCGUGUCGGCCUGGAAGAACAUAUGGGGCAACAGUCCGUCGAUAAUUCGCGAAUUGUGACAGUGACAACCACAAUCCAAGGGUACGCGUAUAUGGCGUCAGCCACUGCAGACUACUUGGCUAUCGCUGUGCUACUUGGCCAUGCCACCAUUGCGUUUGUUUAUACUGGCUAUGUUCUCUGGACUCGUCGGACAUCAGGAUGUUGGGACACCAUUGAAGAGCUUGUUGCGUUGGCACAUAGCUCACGACCCACCUCUGCCUUGGCAAAUACGAGUACCGGUAUACAUCGAUCUUCGACAAUGUCACAGCGUGUGAGGAUCAGAGUAUCGCCUGAAAGCCCUGGAGAGGAAGUCCAGCUGAUUUUCGGGGACUCUGCCCAACAAUGGCAAAAGGCUGAAAUCAAUAGGAAGUAUGGCAGGCAAAAUGUGUAUGAAUUUGGUCAGGAAAUAGAGACACGCAAGCUGCGUCGAAAGCCGGUACCACAGCAAAGAGACUCCGAACGAGCAUUGUUAUACUCGCAGACGCCGUCGUCUUAA